AUGUCGCUCAAGGCGUGGAUCAACGAUGCAGAUGUCGUGAAGGAGAUGAACGUCCCAUUGUUCUUGUGUGCGAUGUUUGCAGCAGUAAGUGAUAUUGCUACCUCAAAGCCAGUCGUCGCCGCUGACCAGUAUCUAGAUGGGCGGAAUCUCGUUUGGAAUUGGUUCGACGAUACGCUUGCUGCGCAAAAGUACAUACUGACAGGUAUAGACUAUGGCUACUGGUCGGGUUUGCUCGGCAUGACCCAGUUCCAGAAGGAUUUUGGCCGUUAUGACGAAGAAUCUCAAGGUUGGAUCAUCCCGGCAAGCCUUCAAUCUGCUGGCAGCGGCCUCCCCAUCGCAGGUCUUGCAGUUGGUUCAUUGGCAUCAGGCUGGGUUGGUAAUGCCCUUGGUCGCGUUCGUACGCUGCAAAUUUCGACAGUGGUGGCUGUGAUUGGUGUUCUCAUCCAAAGCACCGCCUUCAAGUCCUACUGGCAACUGGUCGUCGGACGAGUCGUCAAUGCGGUCGGCCUGGGGAUUAUGGCCAACUGUAUCCCGGCAUAUCUCGCGGAAAUAUCACCCCUUAAGAUUCGUGGGACCUUGAUCAACUUUUACCAAACUUCCAUGGGCAUUGGAGGCUUGACAGUCUCAUGUGUCACUUUGUCUACGCACGACAGAACCGACCAGUGGGCCUAUCGCAUAGUGAUCAUCAUUCAGUUCAUCAUUCCAGUUGGCUUUCUUGCGGCAACGUUUUUCCUCCCAGAAAGCCCUCGAUGGUUGGUCGGCAAAGAUCGUCGUGCCGAAGCAGAGAAGGCACUGACACGCCUCCGUCCCAACACGGCUCUCGAGGUGCUCCAAGAAGAAACAGCCUUAAUCGUGGCCCAGGAGUUGGAAAACAGUGCACACUUUUCCAAAUCGUGGAAAGAGUGUUUCAGGGGUACUAACUUUCGCCGCACGAUGAUCGUUGUCGGCGUGCAGUGUCUCCAACAGUCACAAGGAAACUCGUACAUGUCAAGCUAUAGAAUCAUCUUCCUUCAAGCCCUUGGCAUGCAAAGCGUAUACAAGCUUGGCGUCUUGUUCAUGCUUGAGAUGGUUUUAGCAUGUGCUUGCGCGUUUUAUUUUGCCGAUCGCCUGGGACGGCGUCCGAUCUUGACCUUCACAGCAUUCUUCAUGACGGCCACCAUGUUUAUCACCACGGGUGUCGCAACCUCGGGGUUGGCGAGUGAUCCUGCCGUCAUGAAAGGAGCUUUGGCUUGCAUGUUUAUAUGGGACAUUUGCAUGAAUUUUGGCUGGAGCUCCUGUGUGUGGAUGGUGACCGCCGAAACUCCUAGUCUACAGCUACGAGAAAAGAGCAUCAUGAUCGCAACCUUCACGGGCUUCUGUGUCUCCGUCCUCGUCAGCUUUGUGAGCCCCUUUAUACAAGCAGACGAUGCUGGGGCGCUCGGCGCUCGGAUUGGAUACGUCUUUGCCGCGAUAUCCAUCGUUGCGACCAUUUGGGCUUUUUUCUUCCUUCCAGAGACAGGUUCGCGCAGCUUGGAGGAGCUGGACGAAUUGUUCCAAAACAAAGUUUCGGUCUGGAAGUUCAAGAAGUAUCAGACCCACGGAUAUGGGGCUCAGUUGGCCAUCAUCGAGGGUUCUACGCCUGCGGAAGAUGGUAUCAAGGCCCAGGCUAUUACCGUCAGGGUGAAGGAUCAGGCUUCCACCGCCUCCGUCGCCUCUUCGUAG